AUGUCAUUUCCUUUCCUUCAUACAACACAUAUCACAAUUCCGAAACGAGCAUCGACCAUGACUCGAUCAUUAAACAGGAGCUCUCCAGCUUCUCGUUUAAUGACCGCUUCUAUGCCAAGAACUCCAAAUUCAGUCCCACUCGUACCAAGCGUCGAUUACACAUCAUUAGAACGCAUGGAAAAGAUAUCUUUUGAGAAUAAAGUUGAUGAUCUCCUUAACGGAGUGCCAUUUAGAACAAUUGAACCCGAAACAAUUCCAGGAUUAAUUAUUGUCAUGAAAGAGAGAAAAAGAAAAGCCGGAUUAACAAAUAAUUACGCACUUUCACAGACAAUUACAGAUAUGAUAUCUCGUUUAAUUUCACUUAAAUUCCAAAUUAAAGUCAACGCCAUGAAACAGCAGCAAAUUAAAGAGCUGAACGCAGUUAUUGAGCAGUCAAAGAAAGAAUUGGAAGCACUUCGAGCAAAAUGGGAUGAGAGAAUUCAAAAAUUCAAUGAAGAGCAAUCAAAAGCAGCCAAAGACAUGGAAGAAGAGCAUAUAAAGCAACUAGAAAACUUCGACAAUAGCAUUCCUACUGAUCUUCCUCCUCAAUACUGCAAAUUGUCGCCAGAUUUACUGAAUAUGAUGGAUAUCGAACGCAGAUUAGUACUCACAAAGGAAUACGAGCAAGCAAGAACUCUAAAAAUUGAAAAUGAAAAGAGAAAGGAGAAGGAAACUGAAGAACAAAAGAAAAAGUUUUUGGCUGUUAUUGAAAAGCAGCGCAAAGCAAUAAUUACGGAUCAAGAACAUGCUAUUGAGUGCUUCACUGCCAGAUGGACCAGAGAAGCCGAAAAAUUAAAUAAUCAAAAAGAUAAAGAGAUUACAACCCAACAAAAGGUUGUCGACCAUUACGAGCAAGAUCUGAAAAAUCUAACGAAUACAUAUUAG